AGGGAGCGCGAGGCCGCGCCCGCCUCCGCCCCCCGCGUCUGGCGCGUCGGUCGGGCCCGGCCCGGCCCGGCCCCGGCGCCUCAUUGUGCUUCGCCUCACGCCGGCCCAAGAUGGCGGCGGCGCCGGAGAGCCCCGCGAGCCGCUAACGACAAUAGAGGGAGGCGAGGGGAGCGGGCGCCCCCGCCGGCACCGGCCUCCCCUCCCCGCCUCUCCCGCCGCCCUGCCCGCCUCCCCACCCCCCCCCCCCCCCUCACCCUCCCGCCCCGCCGCCGGCGCACCUCGCACACGCCCCCGGCCGGGCCCGGCCGCCACACCCCACCCCGGCCGGCCCCUCUAGCAUGGUGCGGGGCCGCCGCCGCCUCCUCCUCCUCCUCCGGCUGCCGACAUGGGCGAGAGGCUGGAGCUCCGGCUGAAGUCGCCCGUGGGAGCCGAGCCCGCCGUCUACCCCUGGCCGCUGCCCGUCUACGACAAACACCAUGAUGCUGCUCACGAAAUUAUUGAGACAAUUCGGUGGGUCUGUGAAGAAAUCCCAGAUCUCAAGCUUGCUAUGGAAAACUAUGUUUUAAUUGACUAUGAUACAAAAAGCUUUGAAAGCAUGCAGAGGCUUUGUGACAAAUACAACCGAGCCAUUGAUAGCAUUCAUCAGUUGUGGAAGGGAACCACCCAACCGAUGAAACUGAACACUCGUCCCUCCAACGGGCUCCUCCGGCACAUCCUGCAGCAAGUGUAUAACCACUCGGUGACUGAUCCAGAGAAACUUAACAACUAUGAGCCCUUUUCCCCAGAGGUUUACGGAGAAACUUCCUUUGACUUAGUGGCCCAAAUGAUAGAUGAAAUUAAAAUGACAGAGGAUGAUUUGUUUGUUGACUUGGGCAGUGGUGUGGGUCAGGUGGUGCUUCAAGUGGCUGCAGCCACAAACUGCAAACAUCACUAUGGUGUGGAGAAAGCUGAUAUUCCAGCCAAAUAUGCUGAGACGAUGGACAGAGAGUUCAGAAAGUGGAUGAAAUGGUAUGGGAAAAAACAUGCAGAAUACACACUGGAAAGAGGUGACUUCCUCUCAGAAGAAUGGAGAGAGAGGAUUGCAAACACAAGUGUUAUUUUUGUGAAUAAUUUUGCCUUUGGUCCUGAGGUGGAUCACCAGCUGAAGGAGCGAUUUGCGAACAUGAAGGAAGGUGGGAGAAUUGUGUCCUCAAAACCUUUUGCACCUCUAAAUUUUAGAAUUAACAGUCGAAACUUGAGUGAUAUUGGCACUAUAAUGAGAGUUGUGGAACUAUCACCACUGAAAGGAUCUGUGUCAUGGACCGGGAAACCAGUUUCUUACUACCUGCAUACUAUUGACCGAACCAUACUUGAAAACUAUUUUUCUAGUCUCAAAAAUCCAAAACUCAGGGAGGAACAAGAGGCAGCUAGACGUCGUCAACAAAGAGAAAGUAAGAGCAACACAACUACUCCAACGAAGGUUCAAGAAAACAAGGAUUCUGGUGCUGAAGAAGAAAAGGCUGCAGCAAAUUCUGUUAAAAAGCCAUCUCCCUCCAAAGCACGGAAGAAAAAGCUAAGUAAAAAAGGAAGGAAAAUGGCAGGCAGGAAACGAGGACGUCCCAAGAAAAUGAACACUGCAAAUACAGAGCGCAAGACCAAGAAGAACCAAACUGCACUAGAACUUCUGCAUGCUCAAACUGUUUCACAGACAUCUUCAUCCUCUCCUCAGGAUGCAUACAAGUCACCUCAUAGUCCAUAUUACCAACUACCUCCUAAAGUGCAACGGCAUUCAUCUAACCAGCUACUGGUGACACCUACCCCACCUGCACUACAGAAGCUGCUAGACUCGUUUAAGAUCCAGUACAUGCAGUUCAUGGCAUACAUGAAAACUCCUCAGUAUAAAGCAAGUCUGCAACAGUUACUGGAGCAGGAAAAGGAAAAGAAUGCUCAGUUACUGGGAACAGCACAGCAGUUAUUCACCCACUGCCAGGCACAGAAAGAGGAAAUAAAACGUCUUUUUCAGCAGAAACUUGAUGAGUUGGGAGUUAAAGCUCUAACAUACAAUGACCUGAUUCAGGCUCAGAAGGAAAUCUCUGCUCACAAUCAGCAACUGAAAGAACAGACGAAACAGCUGGAGAAGGAUAACAGUGAACUCAGGAACCAGAGCUUACAGCUGCUUAAGGCACGGUGUGAAGAACUGAAGCUGGAUUGGUCAACAUUGUCACUGGAGAACUUGCUGAAAGAGAAGCAGGCAUUGAAGAAUCAGAUUUCUGAGAAACAAAAGCACUGUUUGGAAUUGCAGAUCAGCAUUGUGGAACUUGAGAAAAGUCAAAGACAGCAGGAGCUCAUGCAGCUGAAAUCGUACACGCCGUCUGAUGAGUCACUGUCAGUACAGCUACGCAAUAAAAACCAUUUGAGCCGUGAUCCUGAGGCUGAUCAUGGCAGGUUCCAACUGGAGCUUGAAUGCUCUAAGUUUCCUAUGCCCCACAUCAAUGGCAUGAGCCCUGAACUGUCCAUGAACGGCCAUGCUACUCCCUAUGAAAUUCAUAACACCUUUAGCAGGCCCUCUUCCAAGCAGAACACCCCUCAGUACACAACCUCUCACCUGGACCAAGAAAUAGUUCCGUGCACCCCAAACCACAGCAGCAGACAGAAGGCAGACAAGAUGACAAGCUUGUCCUUACCUGAUUAUACCAGGUUUUCCCCAGCUAAAAUAGCACUAAGGAGACACUUGAAUCAAGACCAUGGAGUCAAUGGAAAAGCAGCAACUAAUGAGAUACAGAGAGCUGACCAUGUCAAAGAGAAUGGCCUUACAUAUCCAAGCCCUGGUAUUUCAAAUGGCAUAAAGCUGAGUCCUCAGGAAACUCGGCCCUCUUCCCCAGCGGCCUUACCAGUUGCAGGCGAGAAGGUUUUGAGAGAGAGAACCUCUGUGAGUAAUGGAGAAACUAUCACCAGCCUACCUAUCAGUAUUCCUCUCAGCACAGUGCAGCCCAAUAAACUCCCUGUUAGUAUCCCUCUGGCCAGCGUAGUCCUACCUAGCCGUGUUGAGAAGGUGAGAAGCACACCUAGCCCAGUUCAUCAGAGUAGAGACUCAUCGACACUUGAAAAGCAGAUUGGUGCUAGUUCUCAUAAUGGCGUAAGCAAUGCUGCUGGAAACAAGCCACUGGCUUUGGCUACCUCAGGUUUUUCUUACUCUUCUGGCUCCGUGGCAGUCAAUGGAAAUCUUACAAACAGCCCAGCCCAUCUUAACCAUAGUGUUGAUCAGGCAGCUCUGGACGACUCUGGGAGUCUGUUUAACUCAGUAGGGUCUCGGAGUUCCACUCCACAACAUCCUUUGCUAAUGAUGCAGUCAAGGAACUCUGGGCAAAACUCCCCUGCUCACCAGCACUCAACAAGCCCCAGGUUAAAUGGCACCUCCCAGAGCCUGGUAGGGGUAUUGCAAUAUGCAGAUGCUCAGAAGAUGUUUGCCGAAGGAACAAAGGGGGAUCUUCAGUCUGAUGCAGCGUUUUCAGAUCCUGAGAACGAGGCCAAGAGAAGAAUCAUCUUUACAAUCUCUCCUAAUACAGGACAUGUAAAACAAUCCCCUUCCAACAAGCACAGUCCUCUGCCCACGAGCGCUCGGCUGGACUGUGGCCAAGCACACGCGCAGGAUGGGAAGAAGCGAGGCCGGCGGAAGAGAUCCUCUACUGGGAAUCUCAGCGGGAACUCCGGGGUCUCCCCUAAACGCAAAUCCUUACCUACUGUGUCUGGACUCUUUACACAACCAUCAGGUUCACCGCUCAAUAUCAACUCCAUGGUCAAUAACAUUAACCAGCCUUUAGAAAUAACAGCCAUUUCCUCUCCUGAAAACUCCCUGAAGAACUCUCCUGUUCCUUACCAGGACAAUGACCAGCCCCCGGUACUGAAAAAGGAAAAGCCCCUCAUUCAGACCAAUGGCGUUCAUUACUCUCCUCUAACAUCAGAUGAAGAGCAGGGAUCUGAAGAUGAGCACAAUAGCAGCAGAAUUGAGAGGAAAAUUGCAACAAUAUCAUUGGAAAGCAAAUCUCCACAGAAGACUGUUGAAAAUGGCAUCAGCUUAUCUGGGAGGAAACAAGCACAAAGCAACGAAAACAUGAAUAGCAGUAAAUGGAAAUCUACUUUUUCACCAAUAUCUGACAUCAACCUGACCAAAACUACAGAUAGUCCCUUGCAGUCGGUUUCAUCUCUGAGCCAGAAUUCGCUGUUUGCCUUCAGGCCGUCCUCCGAGGAUAGCCUUGCCAUCGAUGCCAAGAUCACAGCACACACAAGGAAAAGCAUUGCCAUGCCCUCGUCUGGGGCAGAUGGGCUCAGCCCUAGUACAAAUUCCACUAACGGAUUCACGUACAAUGGUGGACUGUCAACUGACAUUGGUUUACACAGCUUUAUCGAUGGUGCUUCUCUUCCGCAUAAGGCUUCAGAUGUGACGACUUCCAACUGCUCCCUGGGUUUCCAGUCGCAGCGAAGCAAAGAUGUGGGGGUAUCGGAAACAAAUCCUUUUUUGAACAAGAGGCAACUCGAAGGCCUCAGCAGCACGAAAGGAGAAGACUUAAAUCGGUCAGGGGUCAAAGGCAAAGAAAUCGGUGAAAUAAGCAUUCGUACUGGGGGUUCUUCAGAAAAAAACUCUUUGCAGCAUAACGGAAAGGUUGGCAAAGGAAGGGACCGAGAUGUGGAGUUUAAAAAUGGCCACAACCUUUUCAUUUCUGCUGCUGUUUCAUCUGGUGGCCUUCUGAAUGGUAAAAGCCUUUCUACUGCUGUUUCUUCAGCAGGCAACCCAGCAUCUUCUGUUCAGACACACCAUCCUUUCCUAAACACUUUGACCACUGGAUCGCAGUUCCCCCUCGGCCCCAUGGCCUUGCAAGCAAACCUCAACUCGGUGACAAAUUCCUCAGUAUUGCAGUCCUUAUUUAAUUCAAUGCCAGCUGCUGCCAGUCUGGUCCACGUGUCAUCAGCUGCAACCAGACUGACUAAUUCUCACACUAUGGGGAACUUCUCUCCUGGGGUUACAGGUGGAACAGUUGGAGGUAUUUUUAACCAUGCGGUGCCUUCUGCCUCCUCUCCUCAUCAAUUUGGAGCCAGUUUCAGCAGCAGUGCUGUCUCUAGCAGCACAGUGCUAAGCUUAAACCCUCUGCAGGCUGUUGCCAGCACCUCAUCCUCAUCCUUCCCACCCCCUUCCUCUAAUUUAGUAACAUCUAGUGAGACUAGAUCUGCUCAGCACCUCAACAGAGCGCCAGUGCAAUCUGUUUUUCAUUCCCCUCCACCUCCUCCUAACGUGUCAUUGCCCCCACCUCCUCCAUUACUUGCUUCUAACUCCGAGCCUGCGCUUCUGCAGAACCUGCCAUCCAUCCCACCUGGUGAAGCUUUUUUGCCAUCUUCUUCUGCUGCUUCUGUCCAAUCUGCUAAUGCUUCUUUGUCUAUUAAGCUAGCUUCUCUCCAGCACAAAACUUCCCGCCCCUCCUUUACAGUCCAUCACCCGCCUCUGCCCCGUUUGGCGCUGGCACAGUCCGCGCCCAUGAUCACGCAGUCCAACGCAGCUGGCACGUCCGCUAUGUGGGUUACACUUGGCAUGCAGUCUCCUUAUGCUUCGCACCUUUCUGGGGUUAAGCCACGAUAAAGAGCUUGCUUAGCUAACAGUUCUUAUUUUGUAAGGUAAGGCUAGAGAAAAAAAAAGAGUAGUUUUGUACAAGAUGCUGAAUGAUGCUUCUUCCUUUUCAGAGAUAGGUUGAGGAUGGGCUCUGUGAAACAGAGAAAACUCUAAAAUGUGGGAAGCAAAUAAUCUGAUGGCAGAGGAUGGAGAGUCUUAAUGUUCUCCAUUCUGGGAGUCAGGAUUUCUCGACAAGGAGUGCUCACAAUGGUUAACUCUGGUCUGUCUCAUCUGACGUUAGGAUUAUGUUCAGGUUGAGAUGACUUAAUGAAAAUGUUUAUUUCUGAAGAUCAGUAAUCAGGAGGAAAUGUCUAUUUUUAAGUAUGGUUUUAUACAGUUAUUGGAAGAGGUUGUUGCCUACUUUGAUUCCCCCUGUCCCCUUUUCUCGCCCUCUGACACAGACUGUUGCAUCUCCACAAGUCCAUGUUCGCAUAGCAUUAGGAUGCAUGAUGGUGCUGCUUUGUGACUGUAUGUGGCAAUGUGGUGGUCUUGGUUUUACUGUCAGUCAACAACAGCUGCUCUAAAUAAUCAUAAAGUUAAAAAUCUCUAGGUUACAAGCUGCAGCUUUGUCUUAGAGAGCAAAUGCACUGGUCUUGCAUUGCAGUUAAUGUGCCUCCUGCAUCAAUGGAAAACACAACCACAGGUAGCAAAGAAGGGUUGUAAAUUUUUCUGUGCGCUGCAGCUUUAUUGGUCUUGCCUGCUAGGGCUAAGAGUAACAGACUCCAUCAGAUGCUGUAUUUAUGCUCACGUGGUGAUCACUGGCUUACGGGGUAGACUGUGAAUGAGAACAUAGGGAAUCUGCAGGGUUAACUGUGGUCUGUGCUUCAUAAAGGCUGGGGCCAUAGAAGUGAAGAGGGUUUCUGGAGACUGUAUGCAUUUUUACUGAAGCAGGUAUUUAAAUGUCUUUAGAGCAACUCCAGAAUAAAGUGUACCACCAGAGUUGGGUACUGUUGUUAAUGAAAAUACUCUGUGGUAUCUUGAUGUAACAACUUGUGCUUGCAAAGUUAAAUCAGUAUGUUAGGCCCCAGAGCUUGCUCCGUGCUUUUCUUGUAGGUCUUUGAUGUUGUUGCUGUUCACUGAUACCAAAGCUACAUACAAUAUGUGGUUGAAUACUCUUUGCUGCUUAUAAAACAUAUGACUCAAUUACAAUAUACCUGAGAGAUUCUUUUGACUGUGCAUUGUGUAUAGUGUCUUCAUCAUCAAAUUGCUCCACAGACACGAACAAAUCCUCAUUAGGCUUUUGUGAGGCACGUAAGUAUUACCUCUGUCCUUCUAUACAAGAAAGUGAGGCUGAGGAAGAGUUUUGAGAAAUGUGGUCCCUGCGUGCCAGCAGAGACCAACAGUGUGUGAUGUGGUUACAGAAUGGGCUUGAAAGACCCUGAAUAGAAACAAGAUGGGGGAGAAGGGGCGUGAAGGGUCAGGCUUGGGGUUUUGUAUACAUGAGCGACUCAAGCGAGAACAGUGUGAAAGCCUUCUGCUGAAGCAGUUGCCUUACCUGGAACCGAGGUCAUAUUGGGAUAGACUCCAUACCAUUGGAUGUGAUGGUCCCUGUCACAAAAAGGUUCCGAGCAAAAUAGGCAAGGCACAAAAGUGAUGUACGGAGAAAAGUAGCUGGAUGACAAAGCUGGAUUGUGGAGCAAAGGAGCAGAAAUAAUGCUACCAGGAGACGGUGUAUGACAGAUGUACCGUAGUUGUGGUCCCACUCUGACUCUUGAACAUAGGUCAAAUAUUUGAGCAGUUUCAUUGACUUCAGUGUGAAUACGUUUGCUCAAGAGUCCUUGAUGAAUCAAGGUUGAAAUCUGGAAUUGGAGGCUAAAAUAAACUGCUUUGCUUUGCUUCUCAUAAUGUUUCUCCCCUAUAGUAAUAAAAAAUUCAAAGCAGAUCAGUGCGUGCUAGAAAAAGGUGAAGUACUGAGUGGGGGAAUACUCCCGCCCACCCCCCCCCCCCUCCGCCCCGAGGUCAGUCAUAGGAGGACGGAGUUCAAUAUGAUUACACUGUCAGAAAGCUUUAAAAACUGCAAUGGCCGGGAGGGGCCACGUGUCACUCUUGCAGGCAUCCUUUCCGUCUGAUUGUGGUUGGUGUCAAGAGUUGCUCCUUCUUUGCUGGCUAACGAGGUCUUGGAGCAAUGUAGAAAUGAUUGACACAUCUAACACUUGGUAGAUUUUUGUCUUUUAUUUAGAUGAGUCUCUUCCUCUCCUCCUGUUGUGCAGGUAACUAGGAUUUCUACCUCAACCCAAUGUGACCUAUGCAAGGACAACGUGGACCAACUUCACUCGGCUUCCACUGAAAGGUGCUCACCUGGCCUGUGCAGGGGUUUCUACUCUCUUACUACUGGACAAAAAAAACAUAAAAAGACCUAAAUAACAGAGAAAAUAUUUACUGUGAAUCUGAGUAAAAAAGAAAAAAGGAAAAAAAAAAAAAAAAAAAGGCAAAAGAAAUGCUUAAAGCUCCAGUUUGUAUUGUUGAUAGUUUAGAUAAAGUAUUUAUCUUUUUUUAAAGUGAAAACAAUUUUGACUUAUUUUAUUCCACCUAGAAUCAUAAAUACAACUUAUUAUUAAAUUCUCUGAAUAAUAAAGGACUGGCACACCAGCAGAGAUGUAAAGAGCCUCCUCUCGGUGCUAUUUCAUCCGUCAGAACUGUGCCUCUAGUUUGAAUCCUUGGUGCUGAAUUUGGAGGGUUGACCAAUGCCAAACCCAGUUCUCAGAAAGGUCUGCAGUUUAUUUAUUCAACUUACUCUGUUCAUAUACCAAAAUCCACUUGGUUUGCAGCAGUGUGAGCUAUGGAGAAAAGCAGUCUUCUAUCUAAUGUUUUGUUUUAAUUUGAACUGAGCCAGGCGCUCUGUUAACUGGGUGGUUUUUAAUUGUGUUCAUUACAAACAAGAACUCGGUACUCCCCUCUGGAGUGGCAGCUAGAGUACCUGGGGUGGCCCAGGCAAGCUCAGCCAACGCAGUCACAGUUUGAACAGAAGAAAUUCAAGUCCUGCCCCAUUCAAACUACUUCACUGGGCCAUUUGCAGUUGCUGGUGGCACUCAAGUCACUGUGAAUUUUGGUAGCUAGUCUGGUAACUUGUUUUGGGAUGUCAUUGGCAUAUGAACAGGGUGCAUAAUCACUGGUAUUGGUCAGGCCCUUUCUACCAACGUUGGGAAGACUGAACUUAGUGCUUCUGUACUGGUGCAGGUAGCAGAUUUUCUCAGCUUGUUGUUUUUGUUCCAAGUACAAUGUAUUUUGUUAGUAGGGUUUUGAUACUUGAUUCAGAAAUGGCUUAGCCGUGUACAUUUAUUGACAAAGUGCAUUUUGCUUUUGUAUUUCUUUGCUUUAAGUAGGUCUAAAUGGUAGUUCACAAAAACACCACAAUCUAGCUUACCGUGCUGCCACACUAUCAAACUGGUGCAGUUAAUUGUAUUGUGACUUGGUGUUCUGUGUACAGAAAGUGCCGCUCUGAGCAGUGGCUGUAUUUUAUAGAGAUGUGAUGAAAAAUUAUAAAUUUCAUAUACUUUAUUUCAUUUAUUUUUAGAUUGUACAAUGCACAGUAAACUUGUAAAAACUUAUUUAUUCGAGUGCACAAAGUGAGGAGAAGGAUGAUCCAUUAAGUAGAAAUCAUGCUGGUCUGUAGUUCAGACUGGACCAAGCACCAAUAAAGGAAACUACAGUAAACGAAGGGGAAUUGCAACAGCGAAAUGACUGGAAGAAAAACACGUUUAGGCUUUGGGAAACAUCUGCCGGCUAGCCCCAGUGCUCUGAGGGGCAGCAUUGACUGCUCUGCGUCAGAGGCACUCACUGUCCUUACAUCCCUUCUAGGUUGCUAGCGCUCCCUACUGAGUCUCCCACCUCCAGCAAUUGGGCAUUCACCUUAGACUUGAGCCCUGCCUUACCAGCCACCUGAUGGAGCAUCCCGCAGUCACAAAAAGCUGGGCUGAAUGCAUUAGCUGUUUAACUCCUGCCUCUGUGUUUGAAGUAGGCAAGACAUCUCUGCCCUCGUGUGCUCUCUCCUGCUACCUGGAUCCAGGUUGUGAGUGCUGUGCUGGCUGUGUUCAAGAGAGUGGUGGGGGUGAGGUGGCAUAGCAGCCUACCCUCUACAGACUUCAGUUAGGCCCUUUUCUCUGUACCUCAUCCCUGGCAAUCUUAGUAGAGAUUUAGGACAAAGUGCAGUUAUUUUGUUGAUUCCUAAGUGUGUCUUCCAUAGGCAGCCUUUGUGUGCAGAAACUGUUGAUCUAAAUUUGCCACCUUACUCACCGGAAAGGGAAGGGAUUGAUAGCCCUGGAAAUUAGGGACAUUUUGGAACUGUUUUCUGCUUUGUGUGUGGGAGAGGACUUGACAGCGGUGUGCCCUGCUGAGUUACUAACAGCAAGACGAAAACCUAGAAAAGGGCAAAAAUGCUCAGAGGGUGAUAGCUGAGAAACAUCCAGUAGCUUCUAGUAGAAGCUGUACACAGUGUAUGUCCUGGAAUCCAGGAAGACAAUGUAACCCAGAUGUUUUGCACCUGGGAGUUGGGCAGCUCCAACUUCUUCCAGAUCCUUGGGUAACUGGAAGUUGCAGAGCUGCCUUAGCAUCCUUCCCAGCAAACGGUGGAGUGCUCAGGUCUUUGAAGACUUUAACUGGUAGGCUGUGCCUGAGCAAUUGCUGGAGGGGCAGCAGCCUUAGUUACAUCUCACCCCUAUCAUUUAUAUCCCUGAUGAGAGAGAUGAGGAAAUACAAGUAGAAGGUUUUAAUCACUCUGCUUUUGUCAGAUCCUUUUCUGAAAAGGGACCAAGAUACAGUGCUCCUUGGACCUCUUGUGCCCCCCUUCAUCUCAAACUGCAGAAGACAUCCAGCAAGAGAACUCGGCUGCCAUCAGUUGUUCUGUAUGGGUACGGUUCGCUUGUGCUCAUACCCGAGGCACUCACAGGACACUAGCAAAGAUGCCUGUUUGGAGAAGGAACUGGCUUGCAGAGCUCUGUUGAACCUGCUGUGCUUUCCAACACCUGCUCGAGGCCUGUAUUGCCCAGCUGGCUCCUGGCACUCCUCCUUGGCUGAAGAGGAAGGCCAGAUCCUUGUUGCGGGAAUGACUUGCUUUGCCCCGAGGUUCACAGCAUUUCAGGAAUUGGUGUCUGAGGAGCAAGGCACAACUGUCAGACAUGGUUUAGUGGUGGACUUGGCAGUGUUAGGUUUAUGGUUGAACUCGAUCUUAAAGGUCUUUUCCAACCUAAAUGAUUCUACGAUUCUAUGACCCUUUGGAGCAAAGGCGCCGGCCAAGGAGUUUGUCAUCUGCUCUCCAGUGGGUGUUGUGGAAAACAAAACUCCCUCUGUCCCUCAGUGUCACCUGCGGUAGCAGGUGCUUUGGUGAUCAGUAGUCAGCCAGUGUCUAUUGCAGGACUUGCUCAUGAGCAGCCAUCGGAGAUCGGCAGCACGAGCCCACUUGCUGUAGCUGAGCACGUGUGCUAUCAAGACGUUUUCAACUCCCCAGCAUUUUGGAGUCUGUGACUCUCCAGCCAUCAUCCAGGAAGGCCAAAGGAAAUCAGAUGCUGACCCAGGAAUAAACACGUAGUUGGGACGUACUUGAAAGAGAUUCAGUCUGCUGGCCAACCUGCUGAGCAUCUGCUUCAGCCUCCUGGGGUCCGUUGGGACUGGGUCUUCAUCUACCUCUGCAUCACCUCCGUGCUGUCGUUCCCGGUGACCCGACAUUUCCAUCUUGGCAGCCCACGCUGCAGGAGUCUGGAGCUGCUCUGGCCUUGCCAGUGUCUUCCACCCACGCCCGGCACCGUUGGCACCUUCACCUUGCGAUGCAUUGCGUAAUUGCAAUGCAUUUCACUUGUGCGGCAGCUCUAAUCUAAAUCUUUGUAGUAAUCCCCACUGAGAUGUGCUUCCAGGAAGGUGCCUGAUAAGCUAAUGCUUGUAGGGAGCAGCAUGAGAUGGGAAGCCAGGGGAGUGCAGGUUUUGGACUGAUGUCUUAGUAUUGCAUUAGCUGGGAGAUGUUGUUGCCAAGAGAUUUGUGGUGUUGUCUUCCCUGCUUUGCCUUAAUCUCGGGCAAGUUCAACUUGUUUCUCCUCUGUCUGCAAAAUGGGGAGAGCAUUUACCUUGCUGUAGGAUUGCUGAGGGAAUAAAUAGCUUUGAGAUGUUAAGAUCUGAUCCAUGUGGCUACAAGAAUAAGACCCUCGUGACCCUACUGUAGGAGUGCUGUGCCAGAGGUCUGAAACCUGUUUUCAAUAAUUGGAGAUACUUUUGAGUAAUCAAAGCCAAACACUCAGUUCCAAAAAGGAAUUCCUUCUGCGUUACCACAUCCUGACGGGUCCAGUUGUUUCGUGGCUGUCACACAUGUUCCUUCUCCUCCACGCCGCUGCUGCCAGCGAGGGACUCAUCAGGAAGCUAAAAUACAUCUUGUAGCACAUAUGUUGCCAAAAAAAAUGGAACUUCCUGAGCGUUGUGCUGAGCAAAACCUGUGCCCCGCUGCUAAAUGUCAGCCUUGAGGAACAAGCCUUGCACGCUCUUCCUUUUUUGGUGAUUUGCUACCUCUGGCUCGCGCUUGCCGGGUUCAGUCCACUGAGACCCACCGUGCUGUGAAGCUGGGAGUGCUCCAAAAGCACUAAACCUAAACUCACUAUUUGCUGCAAAUUAGUCAUUCAGCAACAAUUCUCCCAUUAGCCAGGGGUGUGUGGGGCACCCAGCAGUCGGAUUUCUCCGCUUUUCGUGUAGCGGAGGGAUAAAGUGGGAAAACAUUGCUAGAGGACAUAGACGCUUGGGUUGCUGAAACUGAGUUGGUGUGCAGGAUGACAUGGAAUUCAAGCUGUCGCUGCAUCGCCUCGUGUUGGUGCAAACGAGGCUGUUUCCUUUAGGAAGGUGUGGAUCGGUCUGGACAACCAUAAUGGUGGGAAGCAUCUUCACCUUUCUUAGUUCAGGUUGUAGAUGCAGUCGGGGAGAGGUGAAGGGGAAACUGGUUUUCGGGGGAGCUGCCAACAACAGGGAGUGCAGCGCAUCCUGGAUGUACAUGACAUUUGGAGACAGAGCACCGUCUCCGACUAGUUUCUUCUAAUAGCAGCAACUCAUGUCUCCUUGGCCAGACAAACAUAGAAAUAUUUUCUUGUGCUUCCAUCUCAUUUCCUUCCUUCCUGGUGGUGAUAGCCGCUUUAUCUUUUAGCUCACAGUUUGUGCUCACCCUGCUGUUGGCUGGGGUUUGGCUUGGCUCUGGGUGUGGGCUCAGCCUGGGUUGUGAAGCCUGAAUUCCCCCUGUGCCAGGACUCGCUGGUGGAUGGGCACGUGGGGAUGAAGGUGAGCUUGUAGGGUCUGAAUCGGUGAUUCCACCAAGAGUCGCUGAAGUACCCCAGGCAGGAAGGUUGCAUCUCUUGAUCGUGAAGGGGUCUCCUAGUCAGGGGUUUUGUGAAUCAAGAGCUUUCAAAUCCCCAGGACUUGACACUCCUCAGCCUGAAACUCACCCAACUGUUUGUCAUACUCAGUUACUAAAUCUCAAAGUGUUGAGUAGCUUGCUUUUUCCCUUAGUCAAACUAAUACCCGAGCAAGUAACUUCUCCAUUUGAAAUCUGCUGAGCAGAUAGGUUUCAGGCUUGAUAAGCUCUUCCGUUGCAUCUGAAUAACAUUUUAAAAUGGAGCAUUCCUUCACUACUGCUUGGCCAUCGUGGCUGGUUGGGGUUGACUGCGUGGCUCAGUGCAGCGUGGUCAGGCGUGUGGCUGCCUGCCUUCACCCUGCCGGGGACAAGAGAUUCCUUCUCGGAGGCAUUGAUGACACUUCUUCUUCAAUCUUCUUCUUCAGGGGUUGGAUUAGAUGACCUUUAAAGGUCCCUUCCAACCCAAACUAUUCUAUGAUUCUGUCAUUCUCUGUACAGACAUAUCUGGGAUAGUUGCUUUGCCUCAGAAAAUAAAUGGGAGGGGUGUGAGCAGGAAGGAGGUGGAUGUAAGCCAGAUCUGCCUCGCCUGCUUUUAUUGCAGUGCAGAUUCAUACCGAACGCAGUGGGGCUACAACAGCGUUUGCAGGUCGGGUGCUCUGCACCACGGCGGGUUUACUCCCCGUGGUGAUCAGGUUCUGUCUCAUCCCAGCCUUCCCUGCAGAGGAGGCUGUGUCUUCCCAUACUGCUGGGCUUCCCCUUCCAGGAGAAGGUCUUUUGUUCUGGAGUAACGAGGCCACGGACAGGCAGCUUGGGGUUGCCUCCAGGGACCUGUGUGGUUUGAUUCUUGCUAGGAUUGUGUAUUUAGAAAGCAGCAUCUGCUCCCCCCACCCGUUAUUUUUCCACUUGGAAGAGAGUCCAAGCGGAGGAGAGGCUGAGUGAUUGCAUGGCAGGGGAGAGCAUCAGCAGAUGCAGAGCUGGUAUCUGCAGCGGGGUAGACUUGGCUUUUGUUCAGGUGAUUUUUUUUUUGCCGGGGGGGGACAGUCACUGGGAGCAGCUUGAGGGCCAGCUAUGCGCUUUCAUCUCCUCCGAGUUUAUUCAGAGGGCCCACCUCUUUGUGACUCCUGUGGAUACGACGGUGGCCCUCGCACGAGGACCUGGGGGACUUGCGCCCUCAUGAUGCUCCUGCAGCAGGGACUCACUGGCACAAGGUGUUCCCCAACAGUGGUGUUGCUGUAGGCAGCAGGAUGGCUCUGCAGAACAAAGCACAUGUCCACGUCCAGCCCUGCAGACAGGGGAGGUUUGCAGGAUUAGACCUUUAUGUUAGAAAAGGCUGCUCCAUCAGCCUGCGCUUCCCUGCCCCGCUCGAGGUUUUGCUGCCUUGCUGUAAGGGGAGACUUCCAGCCCUGGGAGCUUGUUUUCAAGCUGCUGAUCGUGACUCCCCUCCCGGCUCAGGCUUCCCCGUGGCCCUUCCUUCCUCAGCCGGGUCUGGAGUUGGUGCUAAUCACCUCUGAGCACUAGUAACAAACACGCGCUUCCCCAGCCCGGGGUCGCCGUCCCUCGCCGGAGCCGGCUGGUGCCGAUCGCAGGUGCUGCUCGCAGAAGAGCCGUUCGUUAGGACUUGGUAAUUUUGUCCUAGUGCCGAUGUAAGGUGGCUUUGGUUGAUCAAGUCCUAUGUAUAACCCAUUUGUUUUCUCUGUUGAAAUCAGUCCUUUUAAUACAGGGUAUGGAAACCUGAAGAUUAUCGAUGUGUUUUUUUUCUUGGAGGGAGUUAUCCUAACUCACAUAGGUGGCUGUCUUGAAAAACUGCUUUUGUUGUUUUGCCUGAGCCAAAAGCAUAAAGAGGGUUAAGCAUUGGGAGCUCCAAACGAUGAUUUCUUCAGUUAAGGAAUGGAUGUUGUACAGUGGACUGCAAACCAACAAUAAUGUAUUUUAAAAUCAGUUUGGGGAGAAGAAACUAGACAGUGUUUUUGUGAACUAUCUUUGCAGCACUGAGGAAAAAUCACAAGAAUUGGAUUUUUUGGAAGCACAGAUGUGUAGUCAGUGUACGAGUAUUUGAAGUUUUAUGGCUGUUAAAGUUGUUUUUUUUUUUUUCCUCCUUUUUUUGCUCCAACACUUCUGUAGCUUGCAUAUCAGGUUUUCACUGAGAUGGAUUACCAGUUUUAAAAAAUGUUGUUGUGCCAUAUUUUAUUUAUCCUUAUGCAUUAUAAACAUAUAAAUAUCUAUUUAGACUGAAUAUUGCAAUAAAAGAUGCUAUUAUUGUGAACUUCAGGGUUUAAAUCCAAGACAAAAAAAAAUGGGAAAUACUUCUCCAGUAUAUUUGCUGUUUGUGACCUUCUUUCUGAAGAGGUUUCUUCAGUUUUUAUAGUUUAAAAACAAUAUCAUGUCUCAAAAUUCAAAGUUUUAUGAUGCUAACCCUGAAGUUCUCAAGUUUGUGAUCCUUUGGUUUUUUCAAGGUACAUCUGGUUGAUUUUCUGAUGCAGUCACAUAAUUCUUUAGAAAGGUCUUGUUUCUGGAGUUAAUGAGGAAAAGGUGGAAUGGGUUGAUCCAUCCUGCUUGGCUUUUUUAACCUAUUAAUCUUUUAAGCGAUCAAUUUCAAAUUAAAAACCAACUUUUUAGGUCUCUGUUCUACUUAAACUUUUUAGGAGUGAGAGCCUGCCCUCGCUGAGUGGGACUUUGAUGGGGAAAGCAGUAGAUUAUGAGGUUGCUGUUGCUCAGGAAUUGAUUAGUAAACUUUUAACUACUAAUAAAAAUCCAUUUUUCAAUGGAUUUUUUAAAAAACCCAUUUUCUUAGAACAGUGAUAUGGGAUGUUUCCUAGUGAAUAGGAAUUAGUUUAUAUAAUUUAGCCUAUUAAACUGAAUUAUUUAAAAUUCAAACUUCCCCUAAUUUAUCUUUUUUUUUGUUGUGGUUUUUUUUUUUUUUAUACUGUCAUUCCUUUCAUUCCUUCAUAGAAGUAGUGUGAAUUCUUCCGGUGUGUAUAUAUGUAUGUAUAAUAUAUAUAUUUCCACCCUGCCUUUCUAAUUCUCCAAAAUGUAAGAGUUAGUUUUUUCUCCCCUCCCUCCACUUAAUUUCUUGUGUCUUUACCUUGAUUUGUAAUUGAAACAAUGCUUUGAAGUUUUGUCUUUAUAUUAAAGUGUAUGUAUUUUAA